AAUAUCUGAGUCUCAUAAAAGCGACAGAGCUGAAAAGUUCGCUGGUAAAGCAUGCAAGCUCUGCGAUAAGGCUCUUAGUAAUCUCCCAACUCUUGACACUUCCUGCAGCAAGUGUUGAUAAACUUCCUCUUCAGCUGCAGAAACCUCCUUCAACAUGAAACGAGCCAUUUUAAGCUGCUUGACUUUCAGCACACGGUCUGUCCGUCUAAGGCUUCAAGCAAAACAGACGAUGCUUGCUUGAUAGAAGACAAAUGUGCAGGAGAGGACAUAUUUAAAGAGGCUGCAGCAAAAUGGCCAACAACCACCUAAUACUGAUUCUCUUCUAUGGAGAAAUCUGGAAAUCGCUUUCUACAGCAACUCCUCAAAACGUUUCCGUGAACAGAAGAAAUGCCAACACCAGUAUGAGGAGUCCAAGAGCAGAGAAAGCCCCUCUGUACGCAUUGCAAGCAGCAGGACCCCCUUCACACAAAUCCGGCGGAGCACUGGCUGUUACGACACCGCCUCCGUUCCCCAAAGCACAGGCAGAACCAAGCGAUGGCGGCUGGAUAGCAGCACUGAUAAUUGGCAUCAUUUUGCUUAGUAUGAUAAUGGCUAUUAUUAUAAUUCUCCUGUGGAAAUGCUGCAAGAGGCCAGUUCAUGUUGAUUCCAAUUGGGCAGGUCGCUCUCCAUUUGCGGAUGGAGACACACCAGAUGUCUUCAUGGACUCUCACCAGGCUACCAAGCGUUCUUCAGUUUUAUUUAUGUUACCUUGGAAAUGGAAACAAGACACAGCCCUACAGCAGGAUCCCACUGCAUCGGAGAAACCAUCCCACUGCGCUGCCAGCCAGGAAAACAGCCAGGCGCCUCCACCAGCCGAAGACAGCUCGGUGGCUGGUGUUUCCAAGCCGGGUGCCUCUCCAGCUCCCAGCGCUGAAGUAGCAAGCGCUGCGCCUGACUCCUGUCCUCACCCGGCGGCUUCACCCGACUCCCUGGAUCUGCCACCUCCCCCCGACUGGCUCAGGGAACCAGCUGGGGAUCAGCGUUCAGAUGGCAGCAAUUGCCAGGAAUUGCCCUCAGAAACCGAGGAACCGCUGCCCCCACCACCCGAGCUACUUAUUCAGGAGAUUGAGGAACCACCGCCCCAGCUGCCGCAGCCGGAACAAGCCUUUGGAGGCUGCCAACACUGAUUGCCAGCAUACUUCACUUUUUUCUUAAAAGAAGUAUUCUUCUAAUAAGUGAAAAAAGGAGAAGCUGGUGCAGGCGAGAACAGUGAGACCGCAGCACGGGCACUUCCCCAGGGUUUCUUAACUUCAGCUUUCACAAAAGGGAACAACCUGCUUCUGCCUGAAGCAAAUAAUUUCAAAAUACAGCACAGAUUGGAUUGUGCCCGCUGGUUACUGUCACUUGUGAGUCCAGAUUUCAGAGAGUACAGAAGACAGAGUGUGCAUACCUCUGUGUUUGUAUACAUAUAUAUAUGUAUACAACAUAUAUAUGUAUGUUACAUAUAUAUAUAUGUAACAUACACAGACAUGGAGCUUUCAAGAACCAGUACAGCAUUAGAGGUACUCUGAGCUUCUCAAAAUUGUUUGUUCUGCAAGGCUGUGUAAGAGAAUGCAAUGAAUUCAAGUUAAUUUUAAUAAAGCUUUCUAAUUCAAAGAUGUUUUGGUCACUUAAAGCACAACUGAAUAUUUGCCUAGAUACAAAGCUCUGAAUUCAAAACAAAGUCCAUAUGCCUGGACAUGUACAUAUCGUCUUUAAUACAAAGGCCUGUUUUCUGCAUGUGACAGGGUAACAACCUGGUAACAACGGACUACAGGGGUCUGAAACAAAUCCUCCCAACAGCCAUCAGUGGUUCUUUACCAAUAGCAACAAGAUUUCCUUCGGAUCAAACAUUGCCAAAACAUUUACUGGUGUAAAACCUCCAGUCACUUCCCACUAUCUGGGGUGGUAAAGCAGAGAACGGUGCGAGUAAACAGUCACACAGUGGUCUCUAAAAACCAAAAUGGUUUCAAACACCUGAAGAACAAGUACAAAAAGGCCUUCUUUUCCCUAAAUACUUUUGAUUUUUAUAGAUAAAACAGAAACAGUUUGCAGACCACCCAAGCAAAUGAUCAGCAGAA